CCCCCCCGGGGGGGGGGGGGUGCAGGGAGACAAAGGCGGUGGUUUGACGGGAACGCAGCAGCAGAGCGGACCCGGCGAAGACGGGCACUCGAAAUGUGGAGGCGCAUGGAUUGCGGUUGUGGGGAAGACGAAAGGCGCCCGCGUGUGGCGCUGCUGAUGGGCACUUUUUGAUGUUGGCGUUGAGCAACACGGCAUGCCACUCGUCCCCCCUGGGCAGUUGUUUGGGUGCCGAGUGUCACACGCCGCAAGCUGCCGGCGGCAAGGACAGCUGCUACAACUUGAUGCAAUGCGUGGCUGCCGGCCACCAGGUUGUGGCGCUCGCAAACCUGCAGCCCGUCGGGAAAGACGAGCUGGACAGCUACAUGUACCAGACAGUGGGACACCAGGCCGUGGGCCUGUACGCCGAAGCGAUGGCGCUGCCGCUGUACCGGCGCUCCAUCCAGGGCGAGACGCUGGAGAUGGGCCGAGACUACACGGAGCACGCCGGCGACGAGGUGGAAGACCUCUACCACCUGCUCAAGGAGGUCAAGGAGAAGGAGGCGGUGGAGGGUGUGUCUGUUGGAGCCAUCCUCUCCGAUUACCAGCGUCUGCGCGUCGAGAACGUCUGCGAGCGGCUCGGCCUGACGCCGCUGGCGCUGCUGUGGCAUAGGGAGCAGGAGGAGCUUCUGCAGGAGAUGGUGACCGCUGGCGUGGAGGCCAUCCUCAUCAAAGUGGCCGCACUGGGUCUGGACCCACGCAAGCAUCUCGGGAAGAGCUUGCUUGAGAUGUCGCCACUUCUAGUAUCGCGCUGCCCUGUCCACAGCUCUCGCAAAAGUUCGGGGUCCACGUGUGCGGGGAAGGCGGCGAGUAUGAGACGUUCACCCUCGACUGCCCCAUCUUUCACAAGCGAAUCGUCAUAGACGAGAGCGAAAUGGUCAUCACAUCGGAGGACGACAUCGCUCCUGUCGGAUACCUGCGUUUCCUUCGCAUGCAUCUGGAAGACAAGUCCUGACCACCACUCGUAACAAGAGUUUACUCGCAAAGCGGUAUCGUGGGAGGAACACGUGCUCAACUGCUGAGGAGGAACUUGUGGAAGUGUGGUUUUGCAGCUUGGGAGAAAUUACUUCUCCUUUUACUUUGCACGUAACAAUUCAUCGAUUUAAAUAGACUCUUACGCAGCAAUAUAGUGCAUAACAUUGUUUGUGUGAGAAUUGAUCACAGUACAAUGUAUGCAAAGCAUAUGCAAAUGUUACAUUUAGGAUAAUGGAGCGAAUGAGACUACAAAUGAGACAGAAAGAGAAUUAUGCAAAUGGGAUGGUGACAAUUUCUAAAGGUUAUUAAACUGAAUUGUGACCCAGAUUUGUGGUAUUCAAUCGCAGGUGAAAGGUCCAAACUGUUUCGUCUGUAUUUUGCACAUAAGCAUUAGUUAUGGGUGCAAUACUGCUUGUAAUCAUUGGCCGUGAUGCAAAGUCAUGGCUAUGCCUCUGUGGUGAGCAGUUAUCUGGUGCAGUCUUGCACAAAUCCCAAAUUUAUUGUGGUUAGCAAAACCAAAAUCUUGGGUUAUCUUUAAAAUGUUUGGUAGCUAUGAAGCAAAUUUCCUCCCAAGUGUGCUGCUUGUGGUGUAGAAGAUGACUACUGAUGUGCACUGUUUCAUAAACCUGUGAUGAAUGUUGCUUAAUUUCUAGACAUAUUUUGCUGAACUGUUGUUUAACAGGCCGAUCAGUGACCAAACCCUUUUCCGUUGAGCUGUGGAGGAUAUUGUUAAUUCACAGCUCUCCGUCAAUCCACUGCCUGGCCAUACUGGUUCAGUUAUGGUCAGUGCACGUUGGUGAGAGGGUGGAUCCCAGGACCGGUUUAGAUAUCACUUGCCACUGACAUUCGUCAUUAGCCGGGAAGCAAAUUCGGGUCGCCAGUUUCAUAGCGCAGUGUGCUAACCACUGUGCCACCGCUCCCCCCCCCCCCUGGAGGAUUAUGGGCAAUAAACAAUUAUAACUUAUCGAAAUUAAAUAUUGGUUUAGUUCUAAGCCUGUGGGCCUUUUUGUUAACAAUUUGCAUGUGUUUAAGCAGAAAACUGGGCUAGUUUUGCCUUUUCCAAUUCUCAUCAGCAGAGUCAUACCUGUUUGCAUUGAGGUUACCUUGUGAAGGUUCAACAAAUGUAGCCAACGAAUUGUUAUUUUUAAUACUUGAAAAUAAUGUAGGCAUUCCAUUCUGUGCAAGCUGUUUAUCAGAUAGUUGCAUAUUAAACAUACAUUUUAAAAUAAAAUAUUUUAAUGACA